AUGGGAAUUCCAGGUAAUCAAGGCGCCUCAAUCGCGGACAUCAUCGCUAUCGGACCUGAGUCUGAGAGUGUGCAAGCAUGGCGUGAGCGAUGCGGAAUCAAGACUGAAUCGCAGAUUCGUCUGGUGAAGCUAUCUCAUAUGCGGUAUCAACAUCCCGAUCUAAAAGAAAUCACUACUUUUCUUCAAGAUUUUGGCAUGGUAAUCUCCAAGCAAACCGACGAUGAAAUCUGGUAUAGGGGUUAUGGAGUAGACCCUUACGUAUACUACGCCAAGAAAGGUCCAAAGCAAUUCCUUGGUGGCGCAUUUGAAGUCGAAUCAUACCAAGAUCUAGAGAAAGCAACGAAGAUAGAAACUGCUGGCAAGAUUGAAGAUCUUUCGGAUGCGCCCGGUGGAGGAUUCAUGGUUACCUUGACGGACCCCGAAGGCUUCGCGAUGAAUUUAGUCUUCGGACAAAGACCAGCGACUCCUGGCGAAUACCCAGAAAAACUUGAGCUUAACUAUGAGACUGAAAAGCCCCGGGUCCGCAGCUUCCUCCGCUUCCAGCCCGGACCGGCUGCUGUCCAUAAGCUUGGUCAUUAUGGCUUCUGUGCUACCAAUUUUGAAGCUCUCGUCGAAUUCUAUACUAAGAACUUCAACAUCGUUCCAACAGACUUCCUCUACGUUGAAAAGGAACAGACGAAGACAAACGUCGCACUAUUCGCCCAUAUUGACCGUGGCGAUGAGCACGUUGAUCAUCAUUCCCUGUUUAUGAGCUCUAACCCGACAAGUCAUGUUCACCACUGCUCUUUUGAAGUCCACGACUUUGACACUCAGAAACUCGGUCAUCAGUGGCUAGCUAAGAAAGAUUACAAGUCUGUUUGGGGCGUUGGUCGGCAUAUUCUCGGGUCGCAGAUUUUUGACUACUGGUGGGAUACAACAGGAAACAUGAUUGAGCAUUAUGCUGAUGGAGAUUUGGUGAAUGACCAAACUCCUAUUGGCUAUGGUCCUGCUGGUGAUGAGUCUUUGGCUGUUUGGGGGCCUGAAGUACCGUCUUGGUUCUUGCAGUAG